AUGGAUGCGGCGAUAUUGGUAGUAUCGGGAGUUGAUGGACCUAUGCCGCAAACGAGAGAGCACAUAUUACUGGCGAAGCAAGUUGGUGUUGGGUAUAUUGUAGUAUAUAUAAAUAAAGCUGAUGUAUCCGAUCCUGAUAUGAUAGGUUUGGUAGAAAUGGAAGUGAGAGAAUUGCUGAGUAAAUAUGGGUUUCCAGGUGAUGAAGUUCCAGUGGUAAUUGGAUCUGCAUUGAAAGCGCUGGAGGAUGAUGAAGGUGAAUAUGGGAAGAAGUCAAUAGACAAAUUAAUGGAGAGGUUGGAUGACUAUGUAGAAGUGCCACCAAGAUCUGUAGAUUUACCGUUCCUAUUGCCGAUUGAAGAUGUAUUUUCGAUAUCGGGACGUGGAACGGUAGUAACAGGAAGAAUAGAAAAAGGGGAGAUAAAGAUAGGUAAUGAGAUAAAGAUAAUAGGUCUGAAAGCUACACAGAAGACAACAUGCACUGGUGUGGAAAUGUUUAAGAAAUUGCUAGAAAAAGGAAGUGCAGGGUUAAAUGUGGGGAUAUUGCUAAGAGGGACGAAGAGGGAAGAAGUAGAGAGUAUUAGCAAAACCAGGCUUUUGAGUGGAGCUAACACCGCUACUGUCAUUCCAAUAUCUUCUCCUAUUACCCCAGUACUUAAGACCGGAAUCUCAGCGUCACAUAUGCAACUAUAUGAAUGUUAUAAUAUAAGGGUAACUUUCAUCACAAAGGAUGUGUCAUCUCAGUGCCCAGACACACAGCCAUACAAACAUUAUGGCUUAAAAGCAACCUCCACCAGAAAGGGUAUCAUUCCAGUUCUUCUUUCUUGUCACGCCUGCAAUCGGAGGCAAAAUAAGGUGCUAUUACUCCUCCGUGAUGUCGUUAAUUGGUUUGAUGAUGUUCAUAGUGCAAAAGUUAAAAAAUAA